AUGUCUGUUAACCAACAAGAAAACAACAAACGAUCUUUCAAUGAUAUGAAAGUUGGAAUACCCGUCAAUGGGAUCCCAGUUAAUGGUACUCGUGGUCAAUUUGCACAACAACAAGCUGUCGCUGCUGCUCAAGCUCAAGCUCAACAUCGUUCAUCUCCAUUAGCUCAACAACAACGUCAACAACAUCAAUUAAAUGGUAAUACUCAUAGUCUGAGAAGCCCCGUUCAAAGAAGAAAUUAUAAAUUUGCAGAAACUACACAAGAUUUAUUGAAAAAAUAUGAAAAUGCUGAACCAAGUCUUGAGUUUCACAUACAUGAAAAUCAUUAUAGGUUUGGGAAUCAAGAUGGUAACAUAUCCAAGAAUAGUCAACUGGUUAAAGAUUUUUUAGAAUAUGUUGCAAGAGAAGAGAUACCGCAUGCUAUCGUGGAAGUUUUGAGAGAUGCUGGUAUAAGGUUUUAUGAAGGUUGUAUUAUACUCAGGAUUUAUGAUCAUAGAAAUUCAAUAGAGAAAGAAAUCAUCAAUGAAACUACAAAACAAAAAGAAACCAAAAAAAUACCAAGAUCUUUUAAAACAUUACUAAAGCCUACUCAAUUAUCAUUAUUUUAUGAUUUACUAUAUCAAACAGAUUCUGCUUUACAAAGGUUUAGUGAUCAUUUGGGUAUAUCAAUGGAAUCUGAAAUUCUAACAUUAACAAAGAGAAAUCUUGAUUUAAGCGUACCUUUAAAUCCAUAUAAUUUAUCUUCUGAACUAAGGCCAAAAUCUGAAUAUCCAAAAAUUAAUAAAGAAACUGGUGAAGUGAUACAUAAUCAUAGAUUAGAAUCUACAGAUCCAAAUUCAAAAGCUUUCAAGCCAUUCAAAGACUUACAUGAUGAUUUACCACAACAAAACUCCGAAUAUGAACAAUUCAUGUUGAUCAUGAAUGAUAGAGGUCAUGGAUCAUUAGGUGAUACAGGUAGUGAUCCAAGUCAAUUUACAAGAUUAAGAUUUGUUGAACAAUAUAGAUUGAAGAAGGAAAAAAUGAAACAACAAACAAUGUCUGCAAAUUUAACAAGUCGACCAUUUGGUUCAAAUAGUGGUAGUUUAACACCUGGUCAACAACAACAGUUACAACAACAACGUUUAUUACAAUUACAACAACAACAAAGAAUGCAAGGAAUGAGUCCAUUACAACAACAACAACAUUUAUUAAAUCAACAAAAAACCUUGGCUCAGCAACAAUUACAACAACAACAAUCACAAGGGAAACAAUCACAAGGAAAUCAAAGUGGUAAACAAGAAAAUGUUGACGAAGAUGGUAAGAAAGUUAAAAAACCUAAGAAACCAACAAAAAAACAACAAGCAGCAGCAGCAGCAGCAGGGAAAACUUUACCUGGAUAUUCUGGGAAGACUCUGCCAGGUGAAGAACAACAACCAGCACCAAAAAAAAAAAGAGGAUCAUAUAAAAAGAAGAAUAAAGAUCCAAAUGCUGCAAAUAAUAAGAGUUGA